UGGUUUGUUGUUUGUACAAAGAGUGAUACCUAAUGAGGUAAAGAGAAAUAGUUUUUAUAUUUUGAAUUUUGUUUUGCUUUUCUUCCAACUAUUUCCUCCAACAGCCUCCAAAAUCGAAGGUUAAAGAAUUACAAUGAUGGAUAAAGAAUAUUCAUGUGAAUAUGGAAAAAUUUGUGUACCUGGUAUGAAACUUUGUGAAUUGAAUGAAAAAAACGUUUCUGGACCGGGAACAUAUGAUUUGGGGGGAACGAUAUUUGCAUCAUUAGCGGGUGUUUUAAAAUUAGAAAAAGAUGAAUCUACACAGGUUACAACUGUAUCAGUAGAAAGCUUUAAGACACCUAGUAUAUUACCCAAAUCUGGUGACAUUGUAACAGCUAGGGUGACAGUGGUGAAUCCAAGGAUGGUGCAAUGCCAAAUACUUUGUGUAGGGCCAUCGGUGCUAGCCAGGCAAUAUAAAGGAAUUCUCAAAAAAGAAGACAUCAGGGUUAUAGACAGAGAUAGAAUAGAUCCAUACAAGUGUUUCAGGCCUGGUGAUAUUAUAUUGGCUCGAGUUUUGCCAAUGACAGAAAUGCAUUGGUAUCACAUAACAACAGCUGAGAAUGAAUUGGGAGUUGUUAUAGCUACAGCGGAAGGUUCACCGCAAGGAAUCAGUAUGGUACCAAUCAGUUGGUCAGAAAUGCAGUGUCCUAAAACUCUUGUCAAGGAGCCCAGGAAGGUAGCAAGAGUUGUUCCUGAUAAAGUAAACCUAGACCUAUUAAAUUCUACUAUAAAAGCAAGUGAAAACAAUAAAUAAUAUUAAAUUUUU